AUGGUCUCCCUUGCCACGACCUCACGCAAACCGGCGCUACCGGCCACACCUACGAUAUCUCGAUCCAAAAUGCUUCCGACUUCCUCUCCAGUUCCGAUUCUCAAAACCUCGAAAGCUCCUCCCGUGGUCGCUGGCUCGAAACGCAAAAUGAGCGAAAUGGACAUACCCCUCUCCCCCUCCUCAUCCCAGGCAGAUGACGCGACGGAAGCCCUUCCUCCCACCAAGAAGCGACCCCGCGUGCAGUUUGAUCAAGAUGUGACGAUACAUGGUGAUAUCUCGUCGGAGAAGAGCUUGGCAGUCAUUCGGGAGGAGGUCCGCGGGGCUAUUCACCGACAUGUCACGAUGUCAGAAAGCGAGGGCUACGACCGAAUCAAGGGAAUGUUUUCUGCCGACCCAACAAAGGAAGGCGAUGACAGCUUGCUUGCAUAUGAAUCACCAACACACGCAUCUUUGAGAAACCACCUUCUUGGUCUGAUCUCGCAUGUUGCCUCCUUGGACCGCUCCUGCAGUGGGUUGGUCCAUGCCAUCAUCAACAGCGAGUGGCUUGGACGGGACGAUUCCUACAUGAAACUGUACACCCGGUUCCUUGGCAACCUCGCCGCCGCUCAGGGUACCUUCCUGGGCCCUGUCUUGAAAAUGUUGGCCACAAAUCUUGGGUCCAUCCCUCGAGGACGCGGUCGGCUGCCGGGUUACGCCGUUGUGUCACCAUCCGAAAUGCAUACCCGAGUCCAUAUGGCAAUGCGCCAUGUGCUGCGGCUCAUCCCAGCCGGUAGUGGAUCACUCUCCCCGAUUUUGUCUAGCCAGUUUCCCUUCGACUCGGAUUCAGCUAGCGCGAACAUCGCCUACACCCGCAAUCUCAUCCAAAUCAUCAGCUACGCCCCAGAGCUUCAGUCCGACAUCCUGGCUCUUAUUACUGAGAAGCUUGUUAAGGUCGACGUUGAAAUCCAGGUUGAUAUGGAGGACUUUGAAGAGGAGGUAGGCGAUGAAAUCCUGGAUGAGGUCGAUGACGAGGAGGAGGAUGAUGAUGAUGCCUCGGUCGUCAGCGAUGAAUCGGAAGAUGACGACUCCAAGGGAGCCAAAAAGAUCAAGGACAACAUUCUCAAAGUGGAUGGGAUGAUUGAUCUCCUCUUUGAAUACUUUUCGCCCCCCUUCACCUCUGGUACUCUGGAUGAUCAGGAGAACGCGUUAGAUCUGCUCCUCAGCCACUUCCAAUCGAUCAUCCUUCCUACAUACCGAUCCCGUCAUUCACAGUUCCUCUUGUUCCACUUCUCCCAGGCGUCCCCUGUGCUAGUCGAUCGCUUCGCGUCCACAUUUGUGCAGCUUAUCUUCAACAAGCUGCAGCCCGGCAUCAUGCGCCAGUCAGCAGCCGCGUACCUGGCCAGCUUUGUUGCACGCGGUGCCCAUAUCUCCGGAGAAGUGGUUCGCGACGUCUUCGAUCUCCUCCUCACACACCUCAAUAGUCUACGCAUGGACUAUGAGGACAGCUGCCGCGGUCCCGAUCUUCGUCGCUACGGACCUUUCUACUCCACUGCACAGGCCCUUCUGUACAUCUUCUGUUUCCGGUGGCGCGAUCUGACAACCGCUGCCGUUGAUGGUGAUACUCCAGACCAGGUGGAUGAGCUUGAGCCGGGCCAGAUCGCAUUCCCUCCCAACAUGAAAGAAUUCCUUCACAAAUGCAUCUAUUCGCGACUAAACCCGCUCAAGGUAUGCUCCCCGGCCAUUGUCGCCGAGUUCGCCCGCAUCGCACACCACUUCCAAUUCCUAUAUGUCUACCCUCUCCUCGAGACCAACAAGCGCAUUCGUGUCACUGCCUUCAGGAACAUUUCCAAUCUCUCAGACCCUCGCUUCAGUCACGUCGGCCGCGAGAUCCGUGCCGGCGAUAAUAUCGGCUAUCAACUGGAUGCAUACUUCCCCUUCGAUCCCUACCAACUUCCCCGCAGCCGUCGCUGGCUGGAAGGCGACUAUGUCGAGUGGCGCGGUAUUCCAGGUCUCGACGAUGCAAACGAGUCAGACAGCGGAGCUGACGAGUCCGAUGAUGAAUCCGGCGACGAUGCCACCGAGACUGAUGAGGAGUGA